GCUCGCGCGGCAUUAGCGCCUCAGUGCUCAGCUUCUAGGCUACGUUAAGAAGAGAAGUGGACGAGGUCGGUUUGAAGAAUGGCUCAGGACGUGUUUCAAUCCCUCGGUGUCACUCAUUAACGUGCCUUUGUUUCUCAGCGGAAGACGAUUUGUUUCAGGAAGAGCAAGAAGGCGGAUCAUCAUCACAUCAUCACUUCAACUUUCACUCUAAUCCGACAGCCUUUUCUUGAAUCUGAAGCGUCCCACCCCCAGCAUUAUAAAAACUAACUGUCAACUACGGCUUAACCCGGGCUGUGAGGAUUUGGAUAAAACCAGGGAAAAGUUACGUUCUUCUAAUGACACGCUAGCAGACAAAACGUCCACAACCACAUUACACAGAACUCCAGAUUUUUUUUGAAGAUCAAGGUGGCGAGAAUGGGCCGGAAGAAGAUCCAGAUUACUCGCAUCGUUGAUGAGCGAAACAGACAGGUGACCUUCACUAAGAGGAAGUUUGGCCUGAUGAAGAAGGCGUACGAGCUGAGUGUGCUGUGCGACUGCGAGAUCGCACUCAUCAUCUUCAACAGCUCCAAUAAGCUCUUCCAGUACGCCAGCACAGACAUGGACAAGGUUUUACUCAAGUACACCGAGUACAACGAGCCUCACGAGAGCCGGACUAACUCGGACAUUGUCGAGGCCCUUAACAAGAAGGAGCAGCGUGGUUCUGAGAGCCCAGAGGUGGACACAUGCCCGUAUGUUCUCACCCCACACACUGAGGAGAAAUACCAGAAGAUUAAUGAAGAGUUCGAUAACAUGAUGCGCAGUCAUAAAAUGCCGGCGGUUUUGUCUCAGCAGAGCUUCUCCAUGCCUUUGGCACUGCCAGUCUCUGAGCAUAGUGUCCACUCCUACAGCAGCAUCGGGGCUCUGGGUGAGGCCGGCAUGCUGUCUCCAUCCUCCAACACGCUGCAGAGAUCUCCGAACACACGACUCGCAGGUCAGCUCUACGUGAGGGAAACUGGUGUACACACUUCCUCAGACCACACACCCAACGGUGUCCACUCCGCUUCGAUAGUCAACAGCUACAUCAGUGCUCAAGGAGAGAACAGCAUGGGGAGAGGACCAACAGCUAAAUCUGCAGCAUCCCCUACAGGAAACCUCACACCCAUCGGACAUAAGCCAGAGCUCCGAGUGCUCAUUCCACCAUCCUGUAAAAUCUCACCAGCUCUGAGGAUAAACAGCCCACCAUCCAGCCAAUCACUGAGCACGCAGGGGGUGUCCAUGACAACAUCCAGUAUGCACCCACAGGGCCUGCUGUACCCCUCUAUGACAUCAGCAUACAGCUCAGAUUAUGGCUUAAACAGCUCAGAGCUCAAUAACCUACAUGGCUUCAGCAUGCCAGACAACCUGACUUUGGCUUCAGGGUCACCAUGGCAACAUACUCAGAUAGCAAUUACUUCUCAGGGAGUCUCUCGUUCCUUAUCCCAUGUCUCUGAGCCGUCCUCCAGGUCUUCUCCAAUCAUGGAUAUAAAAGCUGAGCCUGUGUCUCCCCCAAUGGCUUUCCUCUCCGCCCCUCCCUCCUCUUCUCUCCACUCUCCAGCUGAAAGCCUUGCCUCCUCUUGCAGCUCAUACGAAGGAAGUGAGCGAGAGGAGCAGUGCAGAGAUGCCUAUCCCUCUGUGCCCACCCCGGGUCAGGGCAACGGCCCAUCCGAGGGCAUCAGGGGUCCAUCACUCAAACGGCUGCGCACAGAGAGCUGGGUGACCUAGCACUCAAUAGGAAUCGGCUGUUGGAAGGAAAGCAAGCAGGGAGCAAACCGUCUGGUCACUAUUUAUUGCAAAUAACAGUAUUGCCAUUGUCCCUUUUUAAUAUAUGUAGCAGGAACUAUAGGGACAUGACAUAAGACACAGGAAAAGGGUGUGUCCUGAAGGAAAACUCUUCUUACAGGGUUGUACAGGGAUGACUAAUAGUCAAGUCAUACCUUUUUAUCAGCAGAAAAUCAAAUUUAUGAACAGCCUGUAGGAUGUUUUUGUUGUUUGUUUGUUUUUUUUGAUCAGGGAGUAAAGUUUAGCUUUUAAUUAUAUUUGUAGUAUGACAUCAAGCCAAAAGUGUUUGAUAUUUGUAAAUGUUUAUACAGUUUUCUUUAUGGGUCUUCAAUCUGAAGCAUGAAUUUGAGCCAGUAAUUGCCUGCUUCAAAAUAUACUCCAUAGUGCUCUGGG